AUGCUAGCCCCGAAUCUCCAACUGAACCCUCCAUUGCCGCCGAACCCACCCGUAGAGAAGACAACCACAUAUCGCGCGGAAGAAGCCCCCUCCUGCGGAGGUCAUGGGACCUUUGAGAUUCUCGAGGUAACUCGCUUCCUGGAACAUCAUGGGAUCGAGUGCUGCCUCGUCGGUGUUUCCGCGUUGAUCUUCUAUGGUGCCGGACGUGUCCGCAAUGAUUGGGAACUUUGUAUCCCCACCGAAAAAGUCAGCGAGGCUGUCUCAUUACUCAAAUCCGGCUCUCUGGCCGACAAAAUACAUCCUAUGGCUCCUCAUCCGAUCCCUCAGCCUUCAUCAUUACACCACACAUACCAUCGAUUCAAAGGGAGGGGCAUUCACUUCUACUUCCUUAUUGUUCCUUCUCAUGAUGCCCACAUCCCUUGCGCUCCAUUUCGCAUCCGACGAAGCUUAAAUGGACUUCCUUAUCCGACAUUACCGGUCUUGCUGCAGAGUUUCCUGGACAUGAACAACGACGUGGCGCUAUGCGACUGUAUCGACGGGUCAAACGUUUCAGAGCGGUGGGGCUUCGAGAAUCUAGAUCUUGACGGGUCCAACGAUCUAGAGUGGACGAAGAGGAUGAACGACAAAGCUGCACAAGCUGCUAGGGGGAAAGGGUGGCUAUUCAUCCAAUACUUUCCGACACAGACCAUCAGCCGACGGGAGAAGUGGCAAAACAGAGUCCGGAGCAAGAAAGGACGACUUGGAUGGACCACGCCAGAAGAUCUUUUCGAAACUCGCUUCCGUUUGAAAGGCUCCCCGGAUCCGUGGACUCAAAAACUCAUAUCAUGUUAA